ACUCUUUUUGUUUUAUACAUAAAGCCAAUCUAAAAAUCAAAGCUCAUUGAUUUCCCAAAUUUAUAGUUUGUCAAUUCUAGGCUAAGAACUGAACCACAGUCUACUGAAACUGGAUAUCAAUCUCCUCCAAAGAAGGACAUGGACUGAGGAAGAAAAACUGUGAUGCCAGAAGCAUUAAGUGGUCGGCAAGUAUGGGGGGAGAAGAGUGAUCAUUCUUUAGCCCCUUAUUCUCUGAGCUCCUAGCCUACUGAAAAAUCGAGAUGGACCCUCGAUGAAGGAGGAGAGACACAGAGACUGAGUUUAUGCACAAAUGAGGUAUUCCUGAGAGUUCCAUACUCUGCUGAUCUUCUGCAUCUCACAGGGAAAGAUCUGGACUGCUAUGAAAUUUAUCUUUUAUUUGGGUGUCCUUGCUGGGACAGUUUUCUCUACUCACGCAUCUGUGCAGAAAGACGACCAUGCUCCCUACUUGGUAUACCUCAAGUCGCACUUCAACCCCUGUGUGGGUGUCCUCAUCAAAAACAACUGGGUGCUGGCCCCAGCUCACUGCUACUUACCAAACCUGAAAGUGAUGCUGGGAAAUUUCAGGAUCAGAGUCAGAGAUGGCACAGAGCAGACAAUUAACCCCAUUCAGAUUAUCCGCUACUGGAACUACAGCCAUAGCGCCCCCCAGGAUGACCUCAUGCUCAUUAAGCUGGCUAAGCCUGCCAACCUCAACAACAAAGUCCAGCCACUUUCCCUCGCCACCAGCAAUGUCCGGCCAGGCACUGUCUGUCUGCUCUCAGGUUUGGACUGGAGCCAAGAUAACAAUGGCAGGCAUCCUGAUUUAAGGCAGAACCUGGAGGCUCCUGUGAUGUCUGAUAAAGAGUGCCAGAAAACUGAACAAGGAAAAAGCCACAGGAACUCCUUAUGUGUGAAAUUUGUGAAAGUGUUCAGCCGAAUUUUUGGGGAGGUGGCCGUCGCUACUGUCAUCUGCAAAAACAAGCUCCAGGGAAUCGAGGUCGGACACUUCAUGGGAGGGGAUGUUGGAAUCUACACCAAUGUUCACAAAUAUACCUCCUGGAUCGAGAACAUCACUAAAGAUAAAUGACACCCUUCUACUCUCUCUGUAUCCCACUGGCUCUAGUCAUUGACUAUACAGGCCACUAUUUUCUCCAAACGCAAAAUAAAAAUCUCCAAACAGAAAUGCAUUA